CCCGCCAAACGCCGCUCCAAACUCGCCAAAGACAACGACAUCUCCGCCGAAGAAGAAGCCGAGAUCCAAGAAGCCUUUACCCUCUUCGCCAAACCCGACGAGGACGACCCAUCUUCGAAAGACCACCUCAUCGCCACCUCCGACGACAACGCCGAACUCGCCGAGUUGAUCGAGACGGUCGACCCGGACGACGCAGGUUGGGUCGGUUAUGAGCACUUUGUCGCGAUCGCGGCGUUGAAGUUGAGAGCACGGGACAAUGACCCGGAUGUGGUGAGUGAGGAGGUGGAGAAGGCGUACCGGCUUUUCACAAAGGGCGAGGACCGGGCGAUUACAUUGCUGGAUCUGAAGAGGGUUGCGCGGGAGUUGAGGGAGGAGGUACCGGAUAAUGUGCUGAAGGAUAUGAUUCGCGAGGCGACCGGGGGAGGGCUGGGAGGGGUGGGCAUGGAAGACUUCGAAGGGGUGAUGCGACGGGCUGGCGUG